AUGAAUUCCCAAGCUUCGGCUUCUUCCCGCGUGACUGUCACCUCCCUGAAUCCCGACGCGCCGUCUUAUUUCCCUUCCCUAAUCUCGCCGCCGCCGCCAUCAACAACAGCAACAACUGCUUAUACUUCUAAUGAAGAGGUGCUUAACCUUCAGGAGUUGAUCCUGACUCCUCCUUCAUUCAUACCGCCGGCGAUUCAUGUCCCACAUGAGUUUUUAUUACCCUUGAAUCACCCACCCAUUUGGCAAUCAUUAAACCAUCACCACCUCACCAUCCUUCAGCACCAACUUUAUACUACUAAUCAUUUUCUCCCUCCACCUCCACCGCCGCCGAUGAUGCUCUCGGCACCACCUCCGCGGGUGGAAACCAUGCCUGUUUCCGUUGAUACUCCGGAUCAAACACCAACUGUUGGAGCUACAAAGGUGGUGAUUUUCACCCGGACUAAUAAUAAUGGGCCGCGGAACCGGCGGUUGGUGAAGGCUGUGAGGGGAAGAAAAGGGGUUGGAUUCCGGUUCGGGAGAAGGGUUACGGGUCGGUCGUCGGAGCCGGUACAUGAAGAGAAGAAAAGUGAAGAUGAUGGAAGAAGUUUGGGGAAGUACCAAAGUGUGAAGCUCAGAAGGGAGGAAGAUAAAACGACGGUCAUGAUCAAGAAUAUACCUAAUCAUUUCACGCCUGGAAUGUUGGUGGAGUUCGUGGAUUGGUUUUGCUUGUCUGAAAAUUCUAAAACUAGGCAGCUGGGAAAUGGAGGUGAUGAACACAAGGCUAUUUCAGCUUAUGAUUUCCUCUACUUGCCCAUGGAUUUCAAAACGAAUUUGAACAAAGGUUACGCCUUUGUUAACUUCACCGAACCAGAAGCCGCCUGGAACUUCUUCUUGGCUUAUGACGGUCAAAGAUGGGAUUUCAACCGUUCCCCCAAAACCAGGAAAAUCGUCUCUGCCAGAAUCCAGGGAAAAGAAGCACUAGUUGCCCACUUCAACAAGUCAAAUUUUGACUGUGAAUCCGAUGAAUACCUGCCUUUCGCCUUUAGCCCAGCAAGAGAUGGCUCCGGGAAUGAGGUCCAGCGUACAGUAAUCGGACACCGAGUUCAAAAAUCUCGCUGCUUUGCACGUUCUUAA